GCUCCUGCACCGACCACCCAUGGACCGGUAUGGCUUUUAGCCGCAUCAGUAAACUCGACCCCCCGUCCCGAGGCAUCUUCAGGAAAGCGGCGGUCAUGCUGUGCUCCCUCCUCACCUCUCUCUUCCUCCUGCACUGCCUCACCGACCGCUGCAGCACCACCUCACCCUCACCGGUCAAGGCGUCCUCCAGCCGCGCUGCAGGGCUCUUCGAGGACUUGAGGUCGCUGAGGACUAAAAGACUGGCGUACCAAUGGACUGCCGGUUCGGAGCUCUUCGGCUACGGGGCUGCCAGGCGCUCCUCACGGGUCCUCGCGGAUCAGCGCGCGGGGCAGGUUUUGGAACUGCCCGAGGAAGAGUCUUUCAUCUUGCCGCCUCCGGAUUUAGUUGCUUCCAGGAAAGUGUCGCCGAGGUUCGCAGGUAAACUCAGUCCGCUCGGGGAGGGGAGAAAGAAGCUGCCGCAGGCUCUCAUCAUCGGGGUGAAGAAAGGAGGGACCCGGGCUCUGCUGGAGUUUCUCCGGGUUCAUCCUGACAUCAGAGCCGUGGGAGCGGAGCCGCACUUCUUCGACCGCAACUAUGACAACGGGCUGGAGUGGUACAGGGAGCUGAUGCCCAAGACCCUGGAGGGCCAGAUCACCAUGGAGAAAACCCCCAGCUACUUUGUGACCAGAGAGGCUCCUGCCAGGAUAUCCGCCAUUUCCCGGGACACCAAGCUAAUCGUGGUGGUGAGGGACCCCGUCACCAGGGCUAUCUCGGACUACACACAGACUCUGUCCAAGAAGCCUGACAUUCCCUCUUUCGAGAGCCUCACCUUCAAAAACAGGACUACGGGGCUCAUCGACACCUCAUGGAGCGCCAUCCAGAUCGGCAUCUACGCCAAGCACCUGGACAACUGGCUGCAGUACUUCCCCAUGGAGCAGAUCCUGUUUGUGAGCGGCGAGCGUCUGAUCAGCGACCCGGCCGGAGAGCUGGUCCGCGUGCAGGACUUCCUGGGGCUCAAGAGGAUCAUCACAGACAAACACUUUUACUUCAACCAGACCAAGGGUUUCCCGUGCCUCAAGAAGGCAGAGGGCAGCAGCAAGCCCCACUGCCUGGGCAAAACCAAAGGGCGGACCCAUCCCAACAUUGACCCUGAGGUGGUGCAGAGGCUACGGGACUUCUACAGGCCCUUCAACAUGAAGUUCUACCAGAUGACAGGGCGUUUCUUUGGCUGGGAUGACUGAAUGUGUUUUUCUCUGAGGACUUUUUGACUGGAGUAUUCAGGAGGACUGUCACAGGGUUGAAUUAGAGAAUACUUUUGUAAUAUUUCAAGAAAAGUCAUAAUGGUACAAGAAACCAGUCUAACAUUACAAAAAAUACAUAAUUUUAAAAGAAUGAAGUCGUAAAAUGUAUAAAAAAAUAUGACUUUUUUUGUGAAUAACCCAAUACUCUGUUGUACAAAUCACGUUUUUGCAAGCAAAAGUAUUUAUAGUAUUUAUAGAGAGCCAGGCAAUGCUAAAACAUCUAAUAUAAUCUAGUUAUCUAAUUAUGACAUUUUAGUUGUUAUAUUCUCAAGACAUAACUUUUCGCAUAGAAAUUGUAGCUUUACUCUCAUAAUAUUAUAAAGAAUUCUUAUAAAUGUAAUACUUUUUUUGUAACAUGAGGUAUGCUGGUCAAAUGUAUCACUUGUUUGUAUUUAGAAUGAUUUUAAUUUACAACACAGCUCUUAUAAUAUAUAAAUAUAUAUAAUAAAUUAAUAUAUAUUGAGAAUAUAACAACCAAAAUGUUACAGUAAGUAUUGGGUUAUUCUUAAAAUAUCAAAUGUUUUUGCCAAAAUACCUGACAUAUUCUCAAAAUAUUGUGAUUUUAUUCUUGAAAUAUUACAAUUUCUCCCCUCAAAAUAUUCUGACUUUAUUCUCAGAAUAUUUUUUCUCCCAAACAGUGUUCCUAGUACUCGUACUGCAUCUUCAGCACUAACUCUAAGCAAUAUGUGGCUGUUACAGGAGAGAAAGAGAUCUCCCCUCCAUGGCACCCCAGAUAUGCAAUAUUUCACUGUUACAUUUUUCAUCAUCAGAGCUGCCUCUAAUCCACAAUCAUGGAGAUAUUUUACUCUAAAAACAUAUUGAGUUGUUGAAGGAUUUGCAUCAUAUCUCCCUGCACUAUCUGAAGUUUUUUUUGUCAGUGUGAAAUCUUUGGCUGUGACGCAGAAAUAUCGUAUGCAGUGCUUCUUUAAGAAGAUGGGUGGAAUCACAGUGUGUCCAUUGGCUUUUGAUAAAAGCCGUUACUGCGUGAUUUAAUGCCAUAUUUUAAACAUACAUAGCUACUUUCAAAUGUUAACAUUUUUCUAGCAAAAAAGAAUAUGAAAAGAUAAAAAUAUAUGUAUUUUUGAAAUGUAUUUAUUCAAGAAGUACACAAGCAGUAUGUAUGUAUUAUAAAUAACUCCUCAGUGAUUAUUUGCUCUCUUAUUAUUAUGCUCCCCAUGCCUUCAAGAGUUGUGUUUGUUUUAUACUAAAAACAUGUUAUCCUCAUUUUACUUUCAGGUCAUCCGUUCUAAUAUAUAUUUACUAUACAGUGUGGGAACGCUAGUCUCCACUUAGCUUUCAGUUGCAGAGCUGUGAGUUUGUUAUUUCAAGCGUCGUUUGCCCACCUUCAGUUAAUGAAGUUACUGGCAAAGAUAGCACUCUCUGUUAUUCAAGCAACAGUGACUCUGGUGGAGGGAAAAGACCUCCUUCCCAAACUGUAACUCAAAUUUCCUCAACAUGCCUCCUUGUGAAUUGAAUACACUUGAUGUCACUGGCCUUCCUUGCCUAGAGGCGAUGUGUGUGUGUGUGUGGAAGUCUUUUUAAACCCAGGGAGCAUGAGAACAAUGACUGAGUUGUGUUCCUAAUUUCGGUCUACUUGUAUUGUGAGCCGCUUUCUGAAAGCAGAUGUGCCUCAAAAGACACAAAAUGAUGUUGUGUUUUGGUGUGAGCAUCAGAGAAGAACCUAAUAUAGAUUUUAUUUGGGGUGGGGUUAUAUUACCAGUCUAAUUGUGCGGUUCUGACUUUUGUUUUCUUAAAGUUGUUGGGAUUUUUAAGGCACUCAUUGAAUAAAAAAUGUUAUAUGUAAAUA